AUGUCUGAAAUCACAGAGGAGGUGAAGGAAUCUCUCCGACUUAUCGAAGAUCUCAAAUUUUUUUUGGCUACAGCACCAGCAAAUUGGCAAGAAAACCAAGUCAUCAGAAGAUAUUACUUGAACAACGAUGAGGGUUUCGUGUCCUGUGUUUUUUGGAACAACCUUUAUUUUGUGACGGGUACUGAUAUUGUUCGCUGCAUCCUAUACAAAUUCCAGCAUUUCGGCCGUACAAUCACAGACCGAAAGAAGUUUGAGGAGGGUAUAUUUUCUGACUUGCGGAACUUGAAGGCUGGCUCUGAUUCUGUUUUAGAGGAACCGAAGCUGCCGUUUCUCGAGUUCCUCUACAACAACUCUUGUCUCCGCACUCAGAAGAAGCAGAAGGUAUUUUACUGGUUCAAUGUUCCGCAUGAUAAGCUAAUGGCUGAUGCCUUGGAGCGUGAUAUCAAAAAGGAAAAGUUGGGCCAGACACCGACCUCAGUUGCCGUAAGGGAACCAGCGAUUCUGUUCAAGUAUGUGGAGGACAAGAAGAGAUCGUUGUACGAUCAGCUCUCAGAACACUUGAAUCCACAGAAAUACGAUGAAUUUUCCUUCAAAACAGAAUCCACAGAUGACCUAGCCUCGCCCGAGUACAAUUUGAAGCAGCCUGACCCAGGUCCCCAAAAUAUCCCACAAGAACAAGAAGAUGAAGACUUCCCUCUUGAUUACUUAGACAGAGGCGUGAAUGAGCACGACUAUAUUAGUCUAGACUCUAAUUACUACACGGGGAAGUAUAUAAACUCACAUGACACCAAUUUCGAAAGCAUAGAUCCGGGGAUGUUCCUGAACCCAGUUAACGUGGCAAGCAAUGACGAUUAUCUUAUUGAGCACACUGUACCAUUGAAGGUUGGAUCAGCCACUCUGGUAUCAUUCCCUCGUCUGGCAAGGAUCCUUGACGAUCAAUCUGCAUUUUUUCCAUAUCCAUAUGCGCCAACUGCGACUGGCUCGCAGUUCCCACCUUCUGCUAUGAUUGCGCAGUUUCCCCCUUCUAUGUUCGACGCCAGCUACUUUGUACAUGAACCAAUGAUGCAUGGGAAUUUCGAUGUUGAUAGUUACCCUUCUGCGGGACCCUCAGCCAUGGCGGCAGUUCCAUCAGUUGUACAUUUUGAACCCCCACCACCGGCCCAAUUUUAUGGACUAUAUGACGAUGUUGAGUAUAUGAGAAUGGCAGUUCCAUCGCAGCGACAACAGGAAAUAAGUGCCAGUAUGAUGAAGAAGAGAAAGCAACUACAGAAAACUCGUCGUGGUGUUUCUAAACCAGGCAAGAAUAAGAAUCGAGUAACCGAAUACGAAACUAAACUUCGUCAACUCACAACAGACCAAGAAAAUUUGGCGGAGUCGCAUGUUCCCACUCCAGAAUCAUCCAUUGUUGUCGCAUCCGAUCAACACCACUCAUGA